AUGUCGUCCACCAGCGACGCCUCCAUUGACAAGUUCAACGGAGACAAUUACGCAACGUGGAGCCGGUACAUGCGCGGUGUGUUUUUGACGAAGUCCGUCUGGCACGUUGUCAACCGUGAAGUGACUCCGACUUUCACCGACCCGCGAGCGUCCGAUGACUACGUCAAGGCAAGCAACGUCGCGUUUGGUAUGAUGCUGCUGCACAUGAACGUGGACUACCAUCAUGUGCUGGACAACUGCGAGGAAGCCUGGGUUGCGUGGACAAGUCUGAAGACGCUGUACGGUGGGUCGCAGAAGGCAGGACGCAUCUACCUCAAGCGACAACUUUUCAGUAUCAAGAUGGCUGAAGGCGCGAACGUCAUGCAUCACUGCAACGAGGUCCUCAACAUCUCCGCCAAGCUUAGCGGCAUCGGUGCGAAGAUGGAAGACGAAGACGUUGCAAUUUGUCUGCUACUCAGUCUUCCGAAGAGCUACGAAAAUGUGGUGCUCAACAUGGAAAUGAGCAGCACCGAGCUUCGCACUCAAGAUGUGGUGAGAGUCCUGACGAAUGAGCAUGCCAAGCGUCAAGGAGAAAAAGGGACAACGACAGCGACUACGGUGAAGGCUGAAGAUGCAAGCAAGGCAUUCAGCGUCGAGCGUGAGCCCUACCAAUGCACGUAUUGUGGCAAGGUGGGACACACGGUGGAUCGUUGCUGGACAAAGCAGAAGAACGAAGGUCGGGGAGCCCGACGCGGCGGCAAUGGUCGUGGACGCGGGGCUAACAAUGUCCAGUGGGGACAUCAUGAUGAAGGCAAUGGCUACGAUCGAGUGGCGUUUGCAGUCUCGUUCGAAUGUGGAGUUUCGACGAGCAAGGACGUGUCUGGAAUGUGGGCCGUCGACAGUGGUGCAACGCACCACAUUUGCCACGACAAGACCAAGUUCGCAAGUUUGGCAGAGUGCAAUGAGGGCGAACUCUUGGUGGCUGAUUGUUGCAAUUUGAGCGCGAGGCGAAGAUAA